AUGGAUCACAUCAUUCUGGUCUGUGGAAAGUGGAAAUUUGAAAGAAAAAAAUGGUUAUUUGAAGUGGAUAAUGAUCAAGGUAGUAAAUUACUUGCAGCUAACGAGGAAACUAGAUAUGAAGAUUUUGUGAAAACCAUAUAUGAGGAUUAUGAAGUUGAUUUCGCAGAACACGAGUUGGAGCUAACGUACGUUUUGCCAAAACCUAAACUGGUCAAGGAAAACCUCGAUACCCCUCCUGUGAAAGUAAGAAACGAUAGGCAAUUUCAUGGAUUUUUGUGUCUUCACAAAGUCGAAAACGUUAGACUCUGUGUAGAGUUUAAACUGAAGAAAAAAGAGGUUGAAGAAGCUAGCAAAGAACCAGAAGAAUUCCUGCAAAAAAAUGACCCAUUGUUGGCAGAGGAUGAAGAUUCAGAUGAAGACAAUGAUCGAUUUGAUUACUGCGACGAUUCUGAUGGAGCAACGUCUGAUGACGAAAACUUUACCUCAUAUGGGUUUCCGCCAGACCAAGUACAAGAGAGUCAGGGAUCUCCUACAAAGAUGAGUUCAGCGACAGUCCUAAAGACACCAAAAGGAGAUUGUACGCAUAAUAGGUUCGACUUGAGCUCUUUCAAACUGGAAGUGGGGCAGAGUUUGGAUUCAAAAGAUGCAUUGGCUACACGUCUGAAGAUCUGUUCAGUCGUCCACAAAUUCGAUUUUGAUGUGGAUAAAUCUACCCCUACGCUGUGGUUUGUAAAAUGUUGGGUAAAAGGAUGUACGUGGAAGCUUAGAGCUACACCAGUAGGUGAAUCUUCAAGGUUCACAAUCCGAGUAUAUGUAGAUGAACAUUCCUGCUCAGUAACAGAGCGUUCGUCUCGUUCUCGACAAGCUACUCCUGAAAUUCUUGGCCUCUUGUACAAAGACUAUAUUGGUGGGGUUGAUCGAACUAUUUUGCCACGUCAUGUUGAGAGUGCUAUGAACAUGAGCUUCGGAAUCAAGAUGGAUUACUGGAAAUCUCAUCGUACACUUAUAGUUGCUAGAGAUCUCGUAAUGGGUUCAUCGGAGAAUGGAUAUAAGGAGUUACCUUCUUACCUGCACAAGAUUAGAAUGGCAAAUCCUGGGACCUUAGCUCGACUGGAAGUUGAUGCAAACAAUAGAUUUAAGUACUUAUUCCUUGCAUUCAGCGCUAGCAUUACUGGCUUCCCAUUUAUGAGAAAGGUUGUGGUGGUUGAUGGUACUUUCUUGCAAGGAAAAUACAAAGGAACGCUUCUCAUUGCAACAUCACAGGAUGGUAAUUUUCAGAUAUUUCCGAUAGCAUUUGCUGUGGUUGACACAGAGAAUGAUGAAUCAUGGACAUGGUUCUUCCGUCAACUCAGCCGUGUGAUACCCGAUGAUGAAGGAUUGGCAUUAAUUUCUGACAGGCACAAGUCAAUAAGGAAGGCAAUUUCAGUGGUCUAUCCGUUGGCUAGCACGGGAAUUUGCACGUACCACUUAUAUAAGAACAUCUUAUUACGGUACAGAGGACGUGAUCUGUUUGGUUUGGUCAAAAAAGCUGCGUACUCUUUUAGGUUAGCUGACUUUGAAGCAAGCUUCGAGACGAUUAAAGGGUUAAAUCCAGAUUUACAUGCAUAUUUGGAACGUGCUGAUGUGUGUAAGUGGGCUCGAGCGCAUUUUAGAGGUGAUAGAUAUAACAUCCUUACAAGUAACAUAGCUGAAUCCAUAAACAGAGCUUUGUCAGAUGUGAGAAGCUUGCCAAUUGUUCGCCUUUUAGAGUCUAUCCGAUUAAUGAUGACACGUUGGUUUGCAACAAGAAAACAUGAUGCUGACUUGAUGAAAACUUCUCUGACUCGUGGUGUGGAGAAGUUGUUGGAGGGCCGUAUACCUAUUGCUAAUCUAUUAAAGGUUCAAGCUAUCGACAUUCAUCAGUCACAAGUGAUGGGAGUCUCAUCUUUACAUGUUGUAAACCUUACAGAAAAAACAUGUUCUUGCCGUAGAUUUGAUUUGGAGAAGCUACCAUGUGCUCAUGCUAUAGCUGCUGCGGAAGCUAGAAAGAUAUCACGUAUAUCACUUUGUCACAAGUACUAUCGGACGCAGUACCUUUACAAUGCAUAUUUCACUCCUGUUAUGCCCAAUGCAGCUGAUGUUCCAAUUCCAGAAGAAGUUGCAAAGAGGAUCUGUUUGCCGCCUGAUGUCCGCCAACCACCGGGAAGACCCAAAAAAUCAAGACAUAAAUCUAUUUUGCAGAAAGUUGCAGACAAGAAGCGGCCAAGGAAGGAACACACAUGUAGAAUUUGUAACCAUGUGGGACACAAUUCUACAACAUGUCCUCUUAAGUGA